UAGGGUUUCUGGGAACUCCCUUAUCUUUCCCUCCAUCCUUCUCCCGGUAUCACUCGAAGGCGCGGUCAUCAGGAGAAAUGGGUAAGGGAACGGGGAGCUUCGGUAAGAGGAGGAACAAGACCCAUACCCUCUGCGUGAGAUGCGGUCGCCGGAGUUUCCAUCUCCAGAAGAGCCGCUGCGGUUCAUGCGGCUAUCCCUCCGCCCGGAUCCGCAAGUAUAACUGGAGCGUGAAGGCGAUUAGGAGGAAGACGACUGGGACGGGCCGCAUGCGGUACUUGCGUCACAUGCCUCGUCGGUUCAAGAGCAAUUUUAGAGAAGGAACCGAAGCGGCUCCAAGGAAGAGGGCAAGUACUGCAUCAUCUUAGGGAGGGUCUAUUUACUUCAAGGGACAGCAGAAAGUCGUGAUGUUAUUCUCAUUAUGCUUUCAAUUUUGUGUCUUUCGUUUCCCUCGUUAUGUGGACAAAAGGCUAUUCCAUGAGUUGUUGACCGCGUUAGAAAUAUUGAAAUUUUUGUAUGAGACUUCAGUUUUGAGAUGGUCACGUUCUAUUGAAAUAUCAUGUUUUUCUCAA